UUCAUUGUGACGUGACGUUAAGACAAGGAAAUGCUGUAAACCCAUACAAGUCCGAAGAAGACGAAACAGAAGUGUUAAGGUUUGAUCUUCAUCAAGAAGUAUCCGAGUUUGUUUAAGUUCAGUUCUUUCAAGGUGUACUUUAAUCACGUAGUGAUGGCGUCCAGCUCCCCCAUGGUGAACGGGGACAUCUCCCGGGGUCCUAGCUCCCACCCCGGCCACAGCCCCACCACAGGCACCCUGGAGGAAACGCUGCAGCAGAUGAACCGCCUCAUCCAGGAGAACCGAGAGCUGAAGGAGGCGCUGAAGCAGACCAACAUGUCGAUGAAGGAGCGCUUCGAGGGUCUUUCUGUGUGGAGGGAGAAGCAGAGGGAGGAGAAGGAGUUCCUGGAGGGGAGGCUGGAUGAGGCUCGCGGCCGCAUGGAGGCCCUCUCCUUACACAACCAGGAGCUCAGCAGGAAGGUGGAGGAGCAGGAGGGAGGAGGAGGUGCAGAGGGGAAGGGACAGGACGGGACAGCCAAUCAUAAUGCAGAACUGGAGGCACUGCGUGCCCAACUGGUGCGUCUGCAGGCGGAGAAAAGUGACCUGGUGGCCAUGAACUCUGAACUCCAGCUCAAGACAGGUCAGGGGUCAGAGGAUGACUCCUUCAUAGAGAUCAGGAUUGCUAGAGAGGAUACUGGAAAGGACCUGUAUCAUAAUGAAAAGGACUCCAGGUAUGACAUGAGUGCGUCCAGGCAGGAGUCUGAGGAGCUGACUGUCAGCCAGCUGCUCCAGUCCCUGAGGAAGGAGACCCAGAGGGUGGAGAGGCUACAAAUCGAGCUCGAGGCUGCUAGAUCCAGAAUCACAGAGCUGGAGGAGAAGGAAACUAACACGGAGAGCUCCACACAGACCUCACUACUGCCAGAGGUGGUUUCCCCAGCGCUAGCCACCACAGCAUGUGGUACUGAGCCUGAACCAGAGGAGGAGCCCCAACAGAACUCUGGGAAGGAGAAGGUAGAUGCACAGAUAGGCUGGGCUGCGUCAGAGGUGGAGCAUCUGAAGGCUCAGAUGAUGACCCUGUUUAAUGAGCUACAACAGGCUCAGCGCAAACUGGACGAGGCAGAGGGCAUGAAGAAGAACCUGCAGGACAGAUGCAGGGAUGUGGAGCAGGAUGUGGUGACUCUGAAAGCCCAGCUGGUAGAGAAGCAGGAGGUACAGAGUGAGAAUGACAGAUUGAAGCUGCAGGUGGACAGCAUGAAGGCCCAGGGCCAGCUAGAGCAGAGGACAGCAGGAGAGGAGAGGACUACCCUGACCCAACUGAAGGAUGCCUACACCAAGCUAUUCGAGGACUACAACGAGUUGAAGCAAGAGCGCAAGAACAGAGAGCCACUGGUCACUAAGGAGGUGGGAGACCUGCAGACCAGACUGGACGCAGCAGAGAAGGCCCUGGCUGCUAAGCAACAGCAGAUAGAUGUCAUGAAGCAAGAGAUCUAUCAGAAGGAGAAGGAGCUGGAGACCAUCUCUGUGUUCCAGGCUCAGGCGGAGGUGUACUCCUCUGACUUCUACGCGGAGCGAGCAGCUCGGGAGAAGAUUCACGAGGAGAAGGAACGUCUGUCUGCUCAGCUGGAGUUUGUCAAGAAACAGAACACUCAGCUACAGGACGAGAUGGACUCACUGGGCAGGCAAUCUCUGAGCGAUAUGCGGAGGAGACACAUGCCACGUGGAGGCAAUCCACAUGAGGGCGCUGGUUCACAAAACAUGCAGGGAGCCAGAGGUGGUGAUGCCAGGGACUGGCAGCAGCAGGGGAAUAUACCGGAGCACGUCUGCCCCAAGUGUAACGAGAUCCUACCAGACCUGGACAGCCUACAGAUUCACAUCAUGGACUGCAUCAUCUGAGCCUUCAUCAUCGUCAUCAGCAACAACAAAGACAACCGCGGCAGAUGCACCUUAAUCUGAUUCUACCUCCUCUUCUUCAUCAUCUGAUUAUGGCAGAGUAAAAUGCAGCCUUUAUGCUCUAAAACAUGCAUUUAUUUUGAAGUUCAGGACUAUGUUGCUCUGGUCUAUGUUUUAGAACAUAUAAUAUAAAAUGUAUUCUUACAGUGCACAACUAGAGACACAUUUGUUUUUGUUAGAGGGGUGUAAAAGAUCCAGUAAAAUGUAUCACGUUUAUUAUGCUGUUAGGUGAUAAAUGGCGAACUGGAAUUUUUAUAAUUUUGUUUAACUUUUUUUUCCUUAUGACAGCUGUCUGUCACUUUGUUUCUUGCUAAAGACUUAAUUCUAAACUAUUUGGUUUAUUAAAUACUUAUUCUGGAUUUUUGGGUGGUUGUUCAAUUUAAUCAAGCUGUAAUUCUGUUUCGAUGAAGGUUAUGAAUAGAUAAUAAUUACAGCAUAGACAUUUUGUUUAGGAAAAUUAUAAGAUAAAUUGCUUCAACAGAGGGAAGGAUGCCCAAGACACUUUUAAUGUUUUAGUUUUGUUGUAAAUGUAUAUUGCACAUACAUUUUAUCCAUCAUCGUGAUGGUUUGUACAUUUAUAAUUAAACCUAUUUACAGCUCAUGUAGCUUGCAGGAAGUAUGACUAUACAAGGGAGUGUGUACUGUAUUAGCUAACUACUAACUUCUGUAUACAGAUGUAUUUACAAAUCCUGUGUUGAUUCUGUAAAAUAGUUAUGAAAAUAUGUAGUAAAGGUGUUACUGGUACAGUAUGCUGUUUCUUUCGUUAUGUUGUUGCACACACAUCUAGAAUAUAAAACUCUGAUAGCACCUGAAAAAAUGUAACAUGAGAGUACCCACCAUAUAUAUAUAUAUAUAUAUAUAUAUGAGAGAGAGAGAACAGAAUCUGCUUUAUAUCUAUGGUACCCACUACCUGCAGAUGUUUGUUCAGUCAGUGCUAUCUGGGAUCCUUGGGACGUCCCUACCCUAAUCUCUUACCUUUAUCUAAGCCAUUCGACUUCAAUAUGGUAGGGACGUCCCAAGGAUUUGCGAUAGCACAGACCAUGUUUGUCAACAUUCACCAACUUUGUUUAUAUAUUAGCACAGCGGCUGUAGCCUAUAUUUAAAGGAGCCAUGCCUACUUUAGGGGCACCAGUCAAUAAAAUGAAAUAAACGUAUCAAAUCAUG